AUGUCCACCCCGCGAAUUGAGCACUACACGACGGAUGUCCACGCCCACUGGGAAGGGAUCCAUCCGCAGGAUUGGGCUGAGGUCGAUCUAAUCGGAUACGAGAAUGCCAUGGAUAAGAUGUAUCGGACGUUGUGUGAAAAUCCGGAUGCUGCUCUAGUCCAAGUUGGCCAUAGGUCGAAACUGCUCAAUGAUCAUGGCUCUGACUAUCGGUUCAAUGGAAAAUUUACAAGCGAGCAGACUAAACCAGAGCGCAGUCACCAUGACUAUAACCAUUUUGGCAAGUUGAUGAAAUGGGAAGGCGAUCGUUGGUACAAGUAUGAUUUCGAAGUGGAAGUGACAGAUCACACCAGAUCUGAAUGA